AUGACGAGGAAAGUGGCCGGUGAUAUGUGGGACUCACGAGUAGAGGCAUCACUCCCUGCACUGAACUACCUCCGUACGGCACAACAAUUGCAAAAGAAGGCGGACGAGUUAAGUCGCGCACAAGAGAGAGUACAUAGGUUGCAAGAGGACAACUCAGCACUACUGCUAGAGAAUGAACUGCUUAAAAGAGAGCGUGACGCACUCCUUUGCAAAGUACAAUUCUUAGAGUUAAACGAACACGGGCACUGCACAACAAAUGAUAUAGUUGGACCCUGGGGAAAUGUGAGAUCCGUGCCCGCCGGCGGUCUUGGGAGCACCACAGGCGGUGAUCUUUCGCCGGUGUUCAAAGAUAAUGUUAAUAAAGCAAGUGAAACUCGUGUGAACAUAAGUGAACAAGCCAGGACGCACACGAAUAGCGAGCAGCAAGACCUUCAUAAUCCAAAGGAAGAAACAAUAUUGUGCCCUCUCUCAGCAUCGUCAGAAACGUUAAUUAACACCAACCGGCCAGAUGCAAACAUAGAAACAUUCCAUCGUAGCACAGAGUCUCAUGUGGAGUACUGCGCGAAUGGUGAGUGUCGGUCACCUAUCAGCAUGACGAGAACCACACAGACCGUCGCUUACGAGCGUCGUGUUCCCUCUGUUGAGCGCGGCACCAUGACAACAAUGAACAUUUACAUUUGCUCGUACCAAUCUUUGCCAUCGAAAGCCGGUGCUUUUUUCGAGGUACCACUAAGCAACGUAGAAACGGCGAUUCACCACGACCCCGAAAGUCUCACUAGCAUCACAAUCCCUCGCAGUUGA